AUGAGGCGUGGAGACACCGGGGACACCCUGAGACGUGAGGACACCGGGGACACCCUGAGACGUGAGGACACCGGGGACACCCUGAGACGACAGUGGCUCGCUUCAGGCAGUGACGACGGCUCCAUCAGGCUCUGGGAGGUUUGCUCGUCUCGCUGCCUGAAGACCGUCCAGGUGGGCGGAGCCGUGAAGAGCGUCGCCUGGAACCCCAACCCGGCCGUCUGCCUGCUGGCUGCGGCCCUGGACACGCUCGUCCUGGUCCUGUCUCCCGGCCUGGCCGACAAGCAGGUGCUGUCCUCAUCAGAGCGCCUCCUGGGGGGUCACCAGGAGGCGGAGCCAGCAGAAGGGGCGGAGCUAGUGUGGUGUGAGACAGAGGGGGAGGAGCUACGGCAGGGCGUCCGCCUGAAGAUCCGUCAUCCUAAAGCUGUCCAGCAGGUGGCGUGGCACGCCAAAGGAGACUACCUGGCGUCCGUGAUGCCGGACCACUCCAGCCACCAGCAGGUGUUCGUCCACCAGCUGAGCCGCAGGCGGAGCCAGAACCCGUUCCGGAGGAACAAGGGUCUGGUCCAGCGCGUGUCCUUCCACCCGGUCCGGCCCUACUUCCUGGUCGCCACACAGCGCUCGGUCCGGAUCUACAACCUGCUCAAGCAGGAGAUGACCAAGAAGCUGCAGGCCAACUCCAAGUGGAUCUCCAGCCUGGCCGUCCACCCGGGAGGCGACCAUGUGAUCUGUGGAAGCUACGACUGCCGGCUGAGCUGGUUUGACCUGGACCUGUCCACCAAACCCUACAAGAUGCUACGACACCAUAAGAAGGCGGUAAGGGGCGUGGCCUAUCACCGAGUCUACCCGCUGUUCGCCUCGGCGUCUGACGAUGGAUCAGUGAUCGUCUGUCACGCCACUGUUUACAAGUAACUCAUGCACACACACACACACA